UCAGAAGGAUUUGAUGCUAAUCUUGCUAUCUAUAAUUUACUCACGAGAGGAUAUUCUCGUUCGUACAAUGUCCAAAAAGCUUUUGAAGUAUGUCGGACCAUGUUGGAUGCGGGAAUCGAGCCGAAUGAAUUCACCUAUAAUGCAUUGAUUUCACUUUUUGCCGAAAAAUCAGAUCCAAUUGGUGCAACGAUGUUAUUUAAUGAAAUGAAAAAAUUUAAUUUACCAUCGAAUGUUUUUACUUACACGUCUUUGGUUAAAGCUCAUGCAUGGACAUCUGAUAUACGUGGCGCCGAGAAAAUUAUGCGAAAUAUGAGAAUUGCUGGCGUUGAACCAAAUGCCCCAACUUAUAAUAUUAUAAUGAAUGCAUAUUCAAAAAACAGAGAUUUUGAGACUUGUCAACUAAUAUUUCAAGAAAUGAUUCGAUUGAAUGUACAACCGAAUAAUCACACUUACAGUUGUCUAAUGGAAGGAUUCUGUCGACUCGGAAAUAUGCAAGUUGCGGAAUCAAUUUUAACAAAACUUAAAACUACAACUGACACCAAACCCGAUGUUUUUCACUAUACGGUGCUGAUGAAUGCUCAUGUUAAGCAUAAGAAUCUCCUGAGGACAUUUGAGCUUUACGAGGAAAUGAUUAAAGAAAAAAAUUGA